AAAAAACGCCCAAUCAAUUUCUAAAAUUAUCAAUUUAGGUCACCUCUCUCUCUCUCUCUCUCUCUCUCUCUCUGGCCAAGGAUCAUUUCUGAUCGUCAAAUCCAGUAAGCAAAAAGCUCUCAACUUUCAUCAAUUCCCGUCUCUGGGUUCCAAUUUACUCGACCAAUUUCAUCUUCACAGUAACGAUCUCCUCUGAUUCUGAUGGCAGUGGAAGAUGAUGAUUCGACCAUAGAGGAGCCUCGCGAAGGCACUGAAUUCGAAUCCGAGGAAGCGGCCAAGACGUUCUACGACGAUUACUCCAGAAGUUUAGGCUUCGUGAUGCGUGUAAUGUCUUGUCGGAGAUCAGAAAGGGAUGGAAGAAUCCUUGCCCGGAGAUUCGGUUGUAAUAAAGAAGGACGAUGUGUUAGUGUCCGUGGCAAGUCUGGUUCUGUUAGAAAACCGAGACAGAGCACGAGAGAAGGUUGCAAGGCUAUGAUUCAUGUCAAGUACGACCGGUCUGGUAAAUGGGUCGUAACCAAGUUCGUUAAAGAACAUAACCAUCCGCUUGUCGUGGAGCCUCGACAGGCUCGUCAGAGUCUGGAUGAGAAGGACAAGAGGAUUCAUGAGUUGACGAUAGAGCUGCGGAACGAGAAGCGGUUAUGUGCAGCGUAUAAGGAGCAGUUGGAUGCGUUUGCGAAGAUCGUUGAAGAGUAUAGUAAUCGGAUGUCGAGGAAAGUUGAGAGUGUGGUUGAGAAUUUGAAGGAGUUUGAAUAUGUAGAGGUGGAGCUGUUGCAUAGUAAACAAGAUGAUAUUCUAAGCCAACUUUGAAUGUGUGCUGCUUUUGUAUAUAUGAAUCUGUUGAGCUUUCUAUUUCUUUAACGGCUUAGUGUAAUCUAGAUGUUGUUGAAUCUUUUGUAUGGAAUGUAAUGUGAGAAACUGUUGUAACCAUAUAUAUAUAAAAAAAAACAUGAAUGUUCACAUA